AUGUCAGACUUGCCUCCUCUUCAGACGCUUCACUCGCGAGUCGUUUUCGCCACGCCGCGCGAAUCUGGCUUACCGUUGGAGCGUCCAUCACAAGAACGUCAGCAAAAUCGAUCCGCCACUGGGAAACAAUCGGAAAACAUCGAUGACCUUUUGAACAGCGAGGCUCCCAUUAUUCUUAUUGACCAGCAUAAAAUCAGUGACUUCAUGCGGUUUCGAAUGGUUUUUAUUGGAAUGCUUCUUUUUAUUAACUCCUCUACACAGGGGCUUCAUGCACUUUUUGCCAUUUACAUGGAGAAUAAGUACGGUUAUGAUGUGCGCACUAUGGUGAACAUUUAUGCGGCAGGUACAGCCUUUGGCCUGUUUGUCUUUCCCUUUGGAGUCAUGUACGAUUUCUUUGGACCAAGGAUUGUUGUCGGGGUAGCAACCGUAAUAACGGCGCUGGGGCAUCUUCUUUUUGGACUGACAUUUGCUGAACACAUUAAAGCUUCGGAGACACGCUUUUGCAUUUUUUUUGCAUUGAUGAACUGGGGCUGCUACGCCUUUGACGUGGCGGCCUUGCCCGCUGUUUUGACAUACACCCCUCGUGACCGAGCUCAGCCGGCUGGACUGCUGAAAACCUUUUCUGCACUGGGCUCCUCCUUGAUUUCGUGUAUCUUCCGUGGGUUCUUCAACAACCAUUUUGACAACUUGAUGUACUUUCUCACGGUGCUGGUUCUUGUGUUUGGGGUGAUUGGAACCGUCUGCAUAAGUGAUGCCCCGUAUAGGAUUAACCGGUGGGAAAGUUCACGCAUCACACUAAGGGACCGUCUGAAGCGAUACCUUGUUCGGAAUCGUUACAUGUCACAGCUUAUGCCAAAGCGCCGUUUCGCCGUACUGUCUGUUGUGUUAUUGGUUAUGAAUGUGUAUCUGUCGAUACAAGCCAUUUGUGCAGCGUAUUACCGCAAACAAAUGACAGUGGAACAGUACAGGGGCCUAGCUAUUGGUGCCAUUCUUAUUGUUUUAUGUAUUCUUUUCCUUGUCGUGCCACUACACUCGAUUGACGGCGAUACCCUACAGGAUGAAACCGUUCUUCAAAGGGCAAACGAAAAGGCGCGUGAGUUGGAGGAAAGGCGAUUAUUUUUUUCGAAACGCACGAACAAAGGAGCGGAUGAUGGAUGCGAAGAAGCCGCGGAAGAGGAGCAUACGCAGCAGCAGGAGGAAGGGGGGCAUGGGGCGAGCGAGGCAGUUGAGGUAAACGACCCCUCCCUUGAUGCUCUGGACCCACCGUUACGCCGUGCAAGUGGCCCUGCGGUGCCGUAUGGCGAAUCCUCGGAGUAUGAGGGUGAGAAAAAGAACACUGACGAUAAAAACGACGGAGCAAAUUCCGAGUACCUUACUGUGGAGGUUGAGGCCAACCUCAUUGAGGCUGAGAAUUUAAUUAUAAUGGAAAAUGCAUCUGAAAAUGGGCCUCAACUCACUCAGCGCUGGUUGAAUAAUUCUUCUAUUGCCACCAACAUGAGGCCUUCCAAUAUUCCUUCAGGGGGUGAGGAGGACGAGCCAGACACUGCUGGAAUGGAUGUUCUUACGCGUCAAGUUUCGACAUACAACCGACCAUACGUUGAAACCAUCACCGUGUGCGGUGAAGUGUUUGUCACCCCCAUUUAUGAAACAACAUUUUUGCAGAGUUUGACCUACGUGGAUUUGUGGCUCUUGUGGUACACCGUAUUUGUCGUGUGGGGUGUGGGCAUGGCAAUGACGGCGAACUGGAACAUCCAGGCCAUGGUUGCCACCGUUUUCCGUGGUCUGGAUUACGAGACCUAUGUUCUCUUUGCUACCAUGUCGGGUAUCUCAACCGCGUUUGGUCGAGUGUCCAUCGGAACAUUUGAAAUUUUACUGGUUUACUUUAGUAAAAAGACAGGUGUCCUGCUUCCCGCCACCGUUGCAUUGCCGUUUCCAAGCGCAGUACUGGCACUGGCUCUCAUCUUCUACCUUUCAUUCCCUGGGAACUACUCACUUACUGUAGUGUAUAUGAUUGCUGGAUGCGCCUACGGUUUUAGCACCUCACUCACUAUAUAUAUCAUUGGUAUUAUCUUCAGACACGACAUCGGAAUGCACUAUGGGUUUUGCUGGUUUGGUGCCUCCCUCGGCAUUGUGCUGCUCUACCGCGUGCUCUUUUUCCACGUGUACGAUGAACACAAAAUUGUUCUUCCUCCCAAUGCUCCUAUCAAACUACACGGCCGCUGCACCGGGCGCAAGUGUCUGCAGAUCACGCUGAUUGUGUACCUUAUUCUCGCCAUUUCAUCGGUCGGCACAAGCUACUGGCUGCACCACCGCUACUGGAAGUUGGUUCGCGGCAAACUUAAGUACAAGCGCGUUAUAACACACUUUGUGAAGAAGCGUUUUCGUCGCAUUAAUGAAAUGAAGAAAAAAGACGGCGCAAAUGGGGGAUAA